AUGAGUCUUACUGCCAAGGACAAGGAGGUCGUCAAAGGCUUCUGGGCCAAAAUCGCCCCGAAAAUAGAGGACAUCGGUGAAGAUGCUCUGUCUAGGAUGCUGGUUGGCUACCCCCAGACCAAGACCUACUUCUCCCACUGGAAGGACUUGAGCCCCGGCUCUGCCGAAGUGAGGAAGCACGGAAAGGUCGUGUUGUCUGGCGUGGGCGAAGCUGUAAAAACUAUCGAUGACCUGACCAAUGGGCUGCUCAGACUCAGCGAGCUGCACGCUUUCCAGCUGCGCGUGGACCCAGCCAACUUCAAGAUCCUGUCCCACUGUUUGCUUGUGGUUCUGGCCAUCAAAUUCCCCGAUGACUUCACUCCUGAGGUCCACGUGUCUAUGGACAAGUUCCUCGGUGCUGUGGCCCUCGCGCUCUCUGAGAAAUACAGAUGA